AAGCAGGAAACUGGUAGUGGCAUUUAUUACUUGUGCAUCCAUAUUGGUAUAUUCACAGAGGACUGCUACUGUUCUCCGACUUAACAAGUUUGCUCUUCCGAGCUGGGCAAAGGGAAGAUGGCGGAGUCUGGAGAAAUGGGGCUGGCUCUAACCCCUACUUGGGCUGUUGCCACUGUAGUCACUGUAAUGGUUGCUUUCGGUUUCUGCUCUCAGGGCCUUCUCAAGCUCUCUGGACAGUUUCUGCACAAAACCAAGAGGAAGGCUCUGUUGUCAGCUCUAUACAAGAUCAAAGACGAGCUGAUGCUUUUCGGGCUAAUUUCGUUGCUCAUGGGUCACUGGCUCUCUCUAGUGGCUAAGAUUUGCGUGAAAUCUUCGUAUUUGAACAGCCGCUUCUACUUCUGUGACCCAAACAGAUCAGCUUCAACAUUUCAGCCCACGGUUGCUUCAGUUUCACACUAUUAUUUCAACAAUACAGUUGCUAGGGAUGAGAUGGACUCCAGUUACAAUAAAGGAAACUGUCCACCAGGCCAUGAAUCGUUCGCUUCACAUGACAGUCUCGAGCAGCUUCACCGCUUGAUGUUUGUUCUUCCUGUGACCCACGUUUCCUACAGCUUCGCAGCAAUUGCCCUAGGGAUGAUCAAGAUUUACAGCUGGAGAAGUUGGGAAAACCGGGCAAAAACCUUGGCGCUCCAGAGUUUUGAUGAUUCAUUUGAAGCUUCUUCUCACAAAAGGAAAAUGGGAAGAAUAUCUACCUUCAUUCUUCACCAUGCAUCCCAUCCAUGGAGUGAGCACAAAGCCCUUGUUUGGCUGCUUUGUUUCAGUCGCCAAUUCUGGACUUCCAUAACCAAUGCUGAUUACAUGGCUCUUCGUCUAGGGUUCAUCACGACACACCAACUACCUUUGGUGUAUGAUUUCCAUAACUACAUGCUGAGAAACAUGGAAGAAGAGUUCUCUGAAAUUGUUGGCAUUAGUCUACCUCUUUGGUUGUAUGCCAUAUUCUGCAUCUUCCUGGACUUCCACGGAACGGAAAUAUACUUUUGGCUCUCCUUUCUUCCAGUCAUUCUAGUACUGCUGAUUGGCACGAAGCUGCAUCGAAUAGUGGUGGCAUUGGCUGUUGAAAUUAGAGAUGCGUGCCAGAGCUCAGGGCAUCACAAGUUCAACCUAAGAGAUGAGCUGUUUUGGUUUGGGAAGCCUAGAUUGCUUCUUAGGUUGAUACAGUUAGUCUCAUUCCAGAAUGCAUUUGAGAUGGCAACAUUCUUGUGGUCCUUGUGGGAAGUUAGAGGCACUUCAUGUUUCAUGUCAAGUAAGAGCUUCGUCAUCAUCCGUCUAGUAGCCGGGGUGGUUUCACAAAUCUGGUGCAGCUUCAUCACAUUCCCACUAUACAUAAUAGUCACUCAGAUGGGUGGAAGGUUCAAAAGGACAGUGGUUUCAGAGAAUGUGUGGAGAUCACUCCACGGAUGGCAAAGAAGGGUAAAAGCAAGGAGGAGUCCCUUCAGUCAAUUCGAGAGUGAGACGGCCACAGUCAAAACCUCCAGUUCCAGAGGGAGCAGCGGCAGGAGACCGCAGAAGAAAUCUUUUGGAUCAAGCAAGCGAACAGAAAAGGGCAACAGCAAGAGGCACGGCGGCGGCGGCAGCAGGAGAUUGGAGGAACAUCAGUUAGCACUAGCAGAAGCGUCACUGUGGCAUAACCAGAUGGAUGAUGCAUUGAGUUCACCUGCUCAAACGAAUGCUAGUGGAGCUUCGCCUGAUAAUGCUCAUGAUGAGAUCGUUGAGCUGCGGGUAGUUGUGGGCUCUCACUCUCAGCGUCCAUCUGGCAGGCAGAGUGAAGAUAACUUCUACAGUUACGAGUCUGGUGAUGAUCAUGAUUUUUACUAUGAUGAUGAUGAUGAUCCUCAGCUUGAGAAUCAUGGUUACGAAACUGAUGUAACUGUUCCUUCCUAUGGUAGUUAUAGUGAUUAUGAUGUUGAAGGUCAUGAUGAAGAUCAUCAUCAUCACCCGCCAUACUAAGUCCAAAGGUUUCAUCUGGAUAUAUAUGAUGUAAGAUUCAAUUUUGCCUCUCUUAUUCUCGAAACAAACAAG